AUGGAAGAGCAGCCGGACAGUAAAAGUCACCGAGACUGUGCUACAACAACUACCAGCAGCAGCAGCAGCAGCAGCGAUGGAGAAAGCGUCCCUGUCUCCCCCAGCCACGCGCCGUCCUCGCCUGCAGCGCCCUGCAUCCUGCCCAUGCCCCACCACCAGCCGCAGCCGCAGCAGCACCGCACCACCAACUUUUUCAUUGACAACAUCUUGAGGCCGGACUUUGGCUGCAAGAAAGAGACGCUCCUGAUCGUCGGCGGAGCAGCAGGAGGAGGUGGUGGAGGCGGCGGCCGGGACAGAGACCGAGAUCGCGGUCAGACAUCAGGUAGAGAAAACGUCAACCCACUGAUAACGAGGCCAUCCAACCCGUCCUCUCUCCUUUGCCCGGAUUCAAACUGUAACCCCGACAGCUCCUCCUCGGCGCCUCCUGCUGCAGCUGCUGCCUCUAAAGCGAACCCCGCCGCGGCAGCAGCAGCGGUAGCGGCAGCCAAGCCACCCUCCGAAGGGAGUGGAACUAACCCGGCGAAGUAUGGGGAACACGCCAACCCCGCCAUCCUGCUCAUGGGCUCUAAUAAUGGAGGACCUGUUGUAAAGAGCGAUUCUCAACAGCCUCUAGUAUGGCCUGCCUGGGUUUACUGCACUAGGUAUUCAGACAGACCAUCUUCGGGUCCGCGGACCCGGAAACUGAAGAAGAAGAAGAACGAGAAGGAGGACAAGCGGCCCAGAACCGCCUUCACCGCCGAUCAGCUGCAGAGACUCAAGGCGGAGUUCCAGGCCAACCGCUACAUCACGGAGCAGAGGCGGCAGACGCUGGCCCAGGAACUCAGCCUGAACGAAUCCCAGAUCAAGAUCUGGUUCCAGAACAAGCGGGCCAAAAUCAAGAAAGCCACGGGCAUCAAGAACGGCCUGGCGCUUCAUCUCAUGGCCCAGGGACUGUACAACCAUUCCACGACCACGGUGCAGGACAAAGAGGAGAGCGAGUGA